GAAAUUAUCGUUUGUCUUGGUUCGUUGGUGCUAACAGAACCGCGGUUAUUUGUAGAAAUGUUCAGAAUACGUGUGGGACUGAUUAUACAGGUGUUAGCUAGUGAAUUGGCUCGUUCUAGUAGUAUCAGUGGAACUGAUGCGACACAAAAAUUACUCCAACUUUCACCAUUUCAAGUAAAAUCUAUGCUGCUGUUGCUGUUGAGCGGUCGUUUGUUAGAAGAUUUUGGUACGGAUGCCGAAUCUGGUGUCAAAGAGCAACGUAGUGGUAUGGGUUCUAUUAGAAAGCAAAUUGAGGAGCGGAAGUCACGGAGAUCUAUGUAUGAUAGUAGUAUGAAUGUCGACGCGAAUGUAUUAGUUCCAAUUGAUUCUGAAGAAGCCGAAAACUUCCAGUUUGGAAUUUGGCUAAGACAUCGUCGAAUUGAUGGAGCUUUAAAUAGAGUUCCACCUGACUUCUAUGCAAUGUUGUGGGAUAUUGUACGACGUUUUCCUCGCGGUUUAUCAAUCAGUCAUAUUGUUCUACAUUGGGGCGUCACGCAGGAGAUGACACGUAGAGAAAUCAAAUUUGCGUUGCAAGUUGAGGAAGUACUAAAUCAGAUUGCUGAACCGGAAUACCGUGAAAUUAUGAUAGAAACUUUGUCGCUUUUAAGCAGAAUGAAUAACCUGCUGAAAACGGACAAUCCUAAUAUACCUCAUGAUAAAUCGUUUGUAGUAGAUUCUGUAAUCCAUAGAGCGAACAAACUAUUUGUUGAGCAUAAUAAGCAAAUGGAAACAAUCGUAAUGGAAUGUUGUGGAUCGGGGAAACGUUGUGAUGGUGCUCAAGGAAUGUGUCAGCAUUUCUACGAUUCAGCUCCAGCUGGUGAAUAUGGCACAGCCCAUUAUCUGAUAAAAGCUUUAAUGAAUAUCUUCGUUCCAUGCAUGGCAGAAUUUUCGUUUCCAUUCGAACCAUAUGAUAUUCAGAUAUCAUUAAUGCGAAGUAUUAUUUCCUGUAUCAAUGAAAGGAAAAUCGGAAUAUUAGAAUCACCCACAGGCACGGGAAAAUCUAUGAGUAUCAUUUGUGCAACGCUUAGUUGGCUCGAGACUUUUGAGAGAGAAAGAAAGAUAAGUCUUGACGAACAACUGAAAGUAGUUCAGGAAGUCGGAAAAGAUGAAAAUGACUGGUUGCACGCUCAUAUCAAGAAGGUUAAAGCAAUCGAAGAUGCGAAGGGACUUUUCAGUCAACUUGAAAACGAUCAGAAAAUAGAUGAGAGAAUUAAAAAAGCGUUAGGAAAUGUGGUGAUUCAUCCGAAACGGAAAUUACAAGAUAAUGAAGAUAAUGAGGAAGAAAAUGAUAACGAAACAGAUGAGAUACUGGAUGAAGAUUUUACAAACGACCAACUUGGAAAGAAAAUUGUGGAAGAACCGACUCCGACUUGUACAAAAAUAAUUUAUGCCACGCGAACACAUUCUCAGUUGCUACAAUUUGCCGAGGAAAUUUCUAAAACACGAUUUCAACCAAGGAUGGUAACGUUGGGAUCGAGACAACACUUAUGCAUUAACGAAUCAGUGCGUGCCUUACAUAAAACAAGUCUUAUGACAGAACGAUGCAACGAAUUGCGUGAUAAUAAAGCCUCGAAAAAACGGCAAAAAGAUGACGAUGAUGAAAUUUUGUUUCAAGAAGAAGCACAGAAAGCCUGGGGAAUUUCUCCUCACAUUGAAAGCACUGUGAAAUUGCAGACGUGGCUAUGUGUUCCAUAUGUGGCAAAAGUAUGCAAGGGAGGUUGUCCAUUUGCAAGAAGCGAUGCAAUCGAAGAUCUUUGUGAUCAGAUCCUUGCAUCGAAAUUGUCCACUGCACCGCAAUUAGUAGAUUAUAGCAAAAGAAUAUCCGGUUGUCCGUACUUCGCAUCACGCAAGGCGGUUGCUUAUUCACAGUUGGUGCUGCUUCCUUAUCAGAUUUUGUUUCAAAAAGAAGCACGAAAAGCGUGGGGAAUUGAAUUAAGAGGUAACAUUAUCGUUAUUGAUGAAGCGCAUAAUUUGCUGGAAACAAUUACCAAUUCACAUUUCGUUACACUAUAUGCAAAGGAACUGAGAUCUUUGCUUUCAGUAUUGGAUGUCUAUUUAAAUCGUUUUCAAAGUCGGCUGAAACCAGUGCAUAAAAAAUAUCUGCGACAGUUAUCGACUAUUGUAAAUCUGUUACUGAUGUAUAUGAAUCAUGCAUCAGAUAAGCGCAAAAAUUAUGUUGAAACAAUGAUGACGUUUGCGGGUAAAGCUUAUCUUGCACAGUACAAGUUGGACAUUUUGUUAGAAUAUAUUGAACAAACACAUUUAAUCAUGAAGCUAAGCAAAUUUUCGAAACGUUUGGAUGGAAUGCACAACAAAAAAGUUAAUUCUGCUUAUGAAUUUUCGGUAGAACACUUACUCCGCACGAAAGAUCCACCGAAUAAAUCUCAAAGCAUUUUCACAUCUGAAAGUUCUGCUAAUCGGUGCACAUCAUCAUCAUUAGUACAGGAUCGAACAGUAGCAUCAGCACUAUGUGCAUUCCAACAGUUUUUGCAAUUGCUAAUGUUGAACUAUAAGGAUGGAAGAUUAAUAAUAGAAUGUGCAUCUGGGAAAGAUGAAGCAAAAAUAAGUUAUUAUCUUAUCAAUCCAGCUUCUCAACUUGAUGACAUAAUUAAGCAGAGCAGAUCUUUAAUAUUGAUUGGUGGUACUAUGGAACCAUCAGAAACGUUGAUACGCUCUCUUACUAUGUGUUGCGAAAUUGAUUCAGACAAGGAUCUUAUCCGUCGCUCUUUUGGACAUGUGAUAAAGGAACAUCAGUUACUAGCUUUAACAAUAACAAGUGUGUCUGGUAUGAAACUGAUAUUUACACACGAUAAACGAGAAACUCACGCAAUGCUAAACAUUUUGAUAACGACGCUAACACAGAUUGCCGGAGCAGUUCCAAAUGGGAUGAUCGUAUUCUUUCCCAGUUACGGCUACCUGGAAGAAUUUAUUAAAAAAAUAUCCAAUAAUUUGCGGAAGGUUAAACCAUUGUUCAUUGAACGGCGAAACGGUUUGCCAACCUUAUUUAGUGAAUUUGCAAAAUCAGCUCGAACAGUAAAAGGUGCUUUGUUGUUAGCGGUAAUUGGUGGAAAAUUAAGUGAAGGAAUUAAUUUUUCGGAUGAAUUAGGACGCACGGUUGUUGUCGUUGGAUUACCCUAUAUGAAUAGAGAAGAUGUUAUUGUAAAAGAGAAACUGAAGUUUAUGCAAAGCGAAUUUGGUCCAAGGAGUGGUAGUGAAUAUUAUGAAGCGAAAUGCAUGCAUGCUAUCAAUCAAUCUAUUGGUCGGGUAAUCCGACACCGUAACGAUUACGCAGCUAUUGUGUUGAUUGACUUAAGAUACAGAAGCGAACGGGUUGUGAAAAAUCUUCCAAUAUGGAUUCAACCUCGGCUGUAUCAUGCGACGGAUUUAAAUGAUGGAAUACAACAUUUGCAGAAAUUCUUCAGAAGUGCAGAUAGUUGGAUUCAGAAGUAA